CCUCGUGAGCGCGGCCCCGCACCCGCGCGCACCAUGGUGAUCAUGGCAGAGCACGCGUCCGUGCCCGCGCCGCUGCCCGCGCACGCCAGGCCGCUGCGCGUCGGCUUCUACGACAUCGAGAGGACCCUGGGCAAGGGCAACUUCGCCGUGGUGAAGCUGGCCAGGCACAGGGUGACCAAGACGCAGGUUGCAAUAAAAAUAAUAGACAAAACGAGGUUAGACCCAAGCAACCUGGAGAAGAUUUAUAGAGAAGUUCAGAUAAUGAAGCUUUUGAAUCACCCCAACAUUAUCAAGCUAUAUCAGGUUAUGGAGACAAAGGAUAUGCUUUACAUUGUUACUGAGUUUGCCAAGAAUGGAGAAAUGUUUGAUCAUCUGACCUCCAAUGGACACUUAAGUGAAAAUGAAGCACGGAAGAAGUUUUGGCAGAUACUCUCUGCAGUGGAAUAUUGUCACAGCCACCAUAUAGUGCACAGGGAUCUCAAAACAGAGAACCUUCUGCUAGAUGCUAACAUGAAUAUCAAAUUAGCAGACUUUGGCUUUGGAAACUUCUACAAAUCAGGAGAGCCUCUCUCCACGUGGUGUGGAAGCCCACCUUAUGCAGCCCCAGAAGUUUUUGAAGGCAAAGAAUAUGAAGGACCUCACCUUGACAUAUGGAGCCUUGGGGUGGURCUGUAUGUCCUGGUCUGUGGUUCUCUGCCCUUUGAUGGACCCAACUUACCAACUCUGAGGCAAAGAGUGCUGGAGGGGCGGUUCCGCAUCCCUUACUUCAUGUCUGAAGACUGUGAAACACUAAUCCGACGGAUGUUGGUUGUGGACCCAACGAAGCGAAUAACCAUUUCCCAAAUAAAACAGCACAAGUGGAUGCAAGCUGACCCCUCUCUCCAGCAGCAGCAGUCUUUGUCCUUCUCCAUGCAAAACUACAAUUCCAACCUGGGUGACUACAAUGAACAGGUCCUUGGAAUCAUGCAAACACUUGGCAUCGACAAGCAGAGAACUGUCGAGUCUCUCCAGAACAGCAGCUACAACCAUUUUGCUGCCAUUUAUUACCUGCUCCUGGAGCGCCUCAAGGAGUAUCGAAGCAGCCAGCUCUCCAGUCGUCCAGCAACUGGCCGUCAGCAAAGGCCGAGGAGCUCUGACAUAAGCAAUAUCGAGAUGCCUCAGGAUGGUCUCACUAGUGAAACUCUGCGAUCAUCUCUGCUUUACCAGCAACCUCAGAGUCUGGUUCAGCCACCCUUGCAGGCAGAAAUGGACUGUGACUUGAACAAUCCACUACAGCCUGUGUUCUUUCCUGUGGAUCCCAACUUCAACGGCCUUUUCCGGAACCGAUCCAUUUCCCCCAACAGCCUGCUGGAAACCACCAUUAGUGAAGAAGUAAGACAAGAGAAAGAGCUGGAGGAUGAAAUUAAGGGGUACGACCCCAUCCGCAUCCCUAACAACACCAGCAGGAGGCACACGCUGGCUGAGGUCACCACUCAUUUCUAUCAGCACACCCCUCCAUGUAUAGUCAUUUCCUCUUCAGCAAGCCCCACAGAAGGAACUAGCUCAGACAGCUGCCUUACUUCAUCUUCAAAUGACAGCUCGGUGACCCUGAGCAGUUGUUUGGCAGGUCAAGUAAUGAUGGGGAGCCCAGCCACAUCGAGGAUGACUUCAGCCUUCCUGGCUUCCCAGUCUGACGCUCCCGUGUUACAAGCCCAGGGCUGCAUGGGAGGUGCUUCUCUGCUGCCUGUCAGCUUCCAGGAGGGAAGACGAGCAUCCGAUACCUCAUUAACUCAAGGCUUGAAGGCUUUCCGACAGCAACUGCGGAAGAACGCUCGAGCCAAGGGAUUUCUUGGCUUGAAUAAAAUCAAGGGCUUUGCUCGGCAGGUGUGUCAGUCCUCCUGCUCCUCUCGGGCAGCAAGGAGCACCAUGAGCCCCUUCCAACACACGCAGCCCAACACCUGUGUGUACAGCAGCAGCGGGAGCGGCAGGGAGGGGAGAAGCCUCCUGGAAGAGGUGCUCCAGCAGCAGAGAAUGCUCCAGCUCCAGCAUCACCAGCUGCUCCAGCCGGCGUGUCCCCAGACCUCUCAGCCCUCCGUAGCAAACGGCAUSCCAGCCUCUGAUGGCAGCAGCACGUGCAGAGCAUCCAACUCGCUUCUGUUGUCCGAGCUGCAGCGGGAGAACUCCUUCGAGCUGGCCUUGGGUGGCCACAGCCAGCUGCUCCAACCGCACUUCUUUGGCGUGAGCGUGUCGCCGGUGUCCUCGGCAGCUCACCUCCUAGACACUCACCUCUACAUCAGCGGCAGCGCUUCCCCGGGCCGCGCGCCCUUCUCCCAGCAGCAGAGCUUCUCCGCGCCGCCUCCGAGCUUCGACACCGUCGCUCUGCAGCACGGCGACUGUGAGAUGGAGGACCUGACUUCCAGCCAGCUGGGCAAGUUCGUCCUGGUCAAAUGAGAGCCCCAGCUGCUGCCA